AUGCCUAAGAACAAGGGAAAGGGCGGUAAGAACCGCAGGAGAGGAAAGAACGAGAACGACAACGACAAGCGUGAGCUCACUUUCAAGGAGGAAGGCCAAGAGUACGCCCAGGUCAUCAAGAUGCUCGGCAACGGCCGCCUCGAGGCCAUGUGCUUCGACGGCAGCAAGCGCCUAGCCAACAUCCGCGGCAAGCUGCGCAAGAAGGUCUGGAUCAACCAGGGCGACAUCAUCCUCCUGUCCCUGCGCGACUUCCAGGACGACAAGGGCGACGUCAUCCUCAAGUACUCGGCCGAGGAGGCCCGCUCCCUCAAGUCGUACGGCGAGCUGCCCGAGUCGGCCAAGAUCAACGAGACCGACACCUUUGGCGCUGAGGGCGACGGCGACUGCGGCUUCGAGUUCGACGAGGACCGCGACUCCGAGUCGGACGAGGCCGCCAACGGCGGCAAGGAGGUCGACAUCGACGACAUUUAA